AUGCACCUCCAGCCUGGGCUCAGGCAGAACUUCAAGAGUCCAGCUGGAAUCCGAUUUGGUCACCGGCUGCAGGGCAGGGGGAGAGGGGCUGGCAGUGGGGGCAGCAGGGCCAUGUGGCUGCCCCCGGCUCUGCUCCUUCUCGGCCUCUCAGGCUGUCUCUCCAUCCAAGGCCCAGAGUUCGUGAGGGGCCCAGAGCAGGGCUUGGUGACUGUGCAGUGUCGCUAUAACCAAGGAUGGGAGACCUACAGCAAGUGGUGGUGUCGAGGGGCAAAGUGGAAUUUGUGCAAGGUCCUCGUUCAAACCCGAGGGUCACAGCAAGAGGAGAAGAGUGGCCGAGUGUCCAUCAGGGACAGUUGGAGAGAUCUCUCGUUCACCGUGACCAUGGAGGGGCUCAGGCCAGACGACACAGACACUUACUGGUGUGGGAUCCGGAAAGUCGGAACCGACCUUGGGACCCAAGUUAAAGUGAUCGUCGAGUCAGUGGGAACUGCUUCCUCCUCAGCAAGCUCAUCUUCCAAACCAUUUGCCAGGCCACCUGCCAACAGCAAUAUGGGGGAGUCCUCCGACUCCUCCAAGAGGACCCACUACGUGCUCCUGGCCUUUGUGAAGGUGCCCAUCUUGCUCAUCCUGGUUGGUGCUAUCCUCUGGCUGAAAGGGUCUCAGAGGGUCCCUGAGGAGCCACAGGAAACUGAUCUACACCAACUUGUCCUCUGAACUUCCGGCCAAAGACACGGCUCCUUAGAUGGAAGGAUCAGCAGAGCCUUCCCACCCUGGACUCCGUUUCCAGAGGAGGCCUGGGCUGUGGAAGAAACAUCUCCGAGUCCUCAGGGUGCGGUGACUGAGGCCGGGCCCUGGAGCCCUACCCUGGCCCUGGGGGCUGGGGCACCUCCCUGCUUUGCCGGGCUCAGGGACACAGCUCGGGCCCCUCUGAGCUGUCAUUGCUUCCUGGGGUGCCAUCACCUUGUUCCCUGGGUCAGGAGCUGUUGGGGUGGAGUCCAAACCGUGGUGUCCCCCCUGCUGGCAUAACUUGGGCACAGAGCCUGGGACCGAAGCACAGAGACAGACAGAGAGGGACACCCGCCCAGCCCUUGGUUUCCGUCGUUUCUGAGACCAGCUCAGCACCGUCCUUGCCUGAGCGCCGGAUAUGUGUGUUUUUUUAGAAAUUUUUUUUUUUAAGCUAGUCAAGUUGGGUUUUGGUGACUUGUGUUCAUGCGAGUCCUGACUGAUGGCCCCCCAACUCCAGGAGGGCGAUUCUGUGGUGCAUUCCUAGUUCGGGGGCAUGAGAGGCAGGACGUCCCCUCUGCCCAGGGGGACACGGCUCUGAGUCUGCAGGGAUGAGGAGGGACCAGAGCCUCCCUGACCCACAACAGGGGCUGGGGCGUCCUGGGGCCACGGCUCGGGAGCGUCCUCAGCACAGCUGCUCAGGGCUCCCCCCCCAAGACCUCCCUGCGCCUCAAGAGCUACCUCAAGAUGGGGGGGCGGGCAUGAAAACUGUCUCAGGGAAACGAUGUUAUUUAAAUAACGUUAAUAAUGAAAACUGUUCGAGGGAAAUACUGUCGUCUCUCUCAAACGCCUCACUCACGGCAACGAUGCCCUUGAAUAAAUAAGGUCACUUCAUGCCAUGUGGGUCAGGGGUGCUCACACCAAAAGGGUCGGCACUUCUUGUGGGGAGAAACAGCCCCGUGUGAGAUGCUCUCCCACCCUGCCCCCACCCGCGCACGCACACGCACAUGUCUGGGGUGUUGCCCUUUGAACACCCGUGAGGAUGUGUCCA